GUAAGGCAGACGGAAGAACUCUCUGUAGAAGAGAGCGGAACAUUGUGUUUUAUCGUAAUUGGUAUUGCAAACUGCAUGAUCUGAUAAAGUUUGUUAAAAAGUAUGCAAGGAAGAAUAAAACAAUAUAAAGAAUUUCUCGAGACCAGCUAAACAGUGAAUAUUUUCUGGAAGGAUUGACAUAAAUACUAAUGUGCAGUUGUGGUGUUUGACAAACGGAUAUUAUGGCCUGUCUAACGUGUACUAAGUUCAGUGCAUUAAAUAUUUAAUUAGAUAAAUAUAAAAUUGGAAUUUUCAAAAUAUCGAGGUGCUGUGAAACACUAUUUAUUUUAAAAAAUGAUUUGUGAACUGUGGAUUUUUAGUGAUCAUCAAGAGCCUAGUGCAAAAUUGUUGCCAAUCUGUGGAUACUUAAAUGUGCUGUACUGCAUCUACAAUACAUAAUAUCAGCUUAGUUCAAUAUUUUUCAAUUAAUUUUUCAGAAGUGCUUAAAAUUUAAAUUUUCAUUAAGUAACAUGACUUGAUUGUGUGUUCGGCUAGUGUAAUGCGCAUGUGCGUGGCAUCGGCCAAAUAUGGCGACAGAUGGAUCCAAAUCGUCUGCAAGUUCAGGUGGACUUGUCCGAGUAGGAUUUUAUCAUUUAGAAAAGACCAUUGGCAAAGGAAACUUUGCUGUGGUCAAGCUAGCCACUCACAUAAUAACUAAAACUAAGGUUGCAAUAAAAAUAAUUGAUAAAACACACUUGGAUGAAGAUAAUUUAAAGAAAAUUCUGAGGGAAAUACAGAUUAUGAAAAUGUUACAUCAUCCACAUAUAAUAGCAUUAUAUCAGGUGAUGGAAACAGAAAGAAUGAUAUAUCUAGUGACUGAGUAUGCAAGUGGAGGUGAAAUUUUUGACCAUCUUGUGGCUCAUGGUAGGAUGAGUGAAAAAGAAGCAAGGCAUAAAUUCAAGCAGAUUCUAACAGCUAUAAAGUACUGUCAUGAGAGGAAUGUUGUUCACAGGGACCUGAAAGCUGAAAAUUUAUUACUUGAUGAAAACAUGAAUAUCAAAAUUGCAGAUUUUGGAUUCAGUAAUUACUAUGAAAUGGACAAGAUGUUAUCUACGUGGUGUGGGAGUCCUCCUUAUGCAGCACCUGAACUGUUUGAAGGCAGGCAGUACAAUGGACCAAAAGCAGACGUUUGGAGUUUAGGAGUUGUUCUGUAUGUACUAGUUUGUGGAGCUUUACCAUUUGAUGGCAGCACAUUGCAUUCCCUUCGCAACAGGGUAUUGGCUGGGAAGUUUAGAAUACCAUAUUUCAUGUCUAGUGAAUGUGAACAUCUGAUUAGGCAUAUGUUGAUUGUGGAUCCUGCAAAGCGCCUUACCCUUGAUCAGAUUAUCAAGCACAAAUGGAUUAUUCAGGAGCCAGAUGAGGAAUUUGGCCGAACUCUGAAGAAGUAUAGUGUGAGCAACAAGGUUGAAGAGGAAGAGCCUAUUUGUGAAGUUGUCAUUGAUUAUAUGCUGCAACUACCAGCUUUCAAGAGAGAGGACAUUGUUUGUUCUGUGAAAGAAAACAAAUUUGAUCAGUACAGUGCUAUGUACCACUUAUUGCUAGAAAAAAUUAAGACCCAUCAAAGGAUGUCCUUGAUACCACAGAAUUUACCUGUGUCCUCACAGCCCCAAAGAAAGGCAAGCAUCACAACUGGUGUUGUUGAAAAAUCACCUCCUGCUGAAACCACAACUGAAAGUGAACAACCUGCUAUUCCUAAGCCCAUGUUUAGUCCCAUUCCAAUUGUGACUUUGGUUACAGAAAAUCUAGAAAAGUUUGGUGAUGUGGAGCUUGAGUCAGAUGAAGAGGAACGGCAUACGGAAAACACUCAGUCUCAGUAUCAUGUUGUGCGCAGGCAUACAGUAGGACCAGACAAUGCUGAUGCUCCUGAAGCUGGUGCAGUGGGUGGGGACUUAUUCCUGACGAGGGGUGGAGCCCACUAUGGGGCCACCCUCCAUCCGGCCCAGGCCCUGCCCCUCAGUGCACUUCCUCAUACCAACUUGCCCCAAAACCUUCCCCUUGUUCAGAACCAGCCACCUCAAGUGUUCUGUGUAAAAGACCAACACUUGCUCAAACCACCUCAAGUGCUUGGUGCAGUUGGAGGUUUGGGCAGACGUGCAUCUGAUGGUGGUGCCAAUGUUAAAAACUACUAUCAGCGUCAAAUACCUGGCCAACAAGGACAGUCCCCCAACAAAGAAAGACCUACUACUAUGUCUCCCAACAGCACAUUACCUCAAGGUCUCCAAGCUUUGGCUUUACAAGAAGAUGAGAGCCAAGAACAGGAAGAGCAGCAAAUGGCUCAAUCAACUGUUCAAGGCUACUCUGUUUGGGAGCAACCCCAGAACUUCCGCAUUGGAAUCAGUCCACCUGAAGAGGUGCAGAAGAAAAUGCCUCCUAUGAAACAAAGGAGGACAGGACUGCUCACAGUCCUUGAGAAACAACCAGUUAAAUAUCGAUACUGCCAACAACUUCACUUAUUUUUGUCUUCUGCUGAGUACAAUGCUCUUAAUUCUCCUAAUGGUGGUCGAGAGAGUUUACGAGACGGAGCGUCCCAUCAGACAACCUCUGGGCGUUACUCCCCUGUAAGACGAGCUAGUGAUGGCUGCUCUCCCGUUUCCUAUUAUCGUAAUCAACUAGACAGGAUUUAUUACCAAACUCUUACUGGCCCUCAAACUAGUCCAGACAGUUUCAAGGCUGUUUUGCAGGAGUAUCAGCAGUUGCAGCAAAUGCAUUCUCCUGCUGUGGAUUCACGUGUGUCUGCUGAAAUGCAACGACAGCAUUGUCUCCACAUUCAACAAAUGGCUCAACUGCAGCCAUCUGGCUACUUAACCUCUAUUUCCUCUCCUCCUUCUAUUGCUGGUUCUCCCAUUCACCAGCCACAACCCAGUGUGGGAGGUUCUCCCUCUGCUCUGUCCCAGCACCUACAGAAACUUCACCUCCAGCACCAGGGUAGUCCAAUGAGCUUCUCCGGUCUCGAAUGUCCACUUCAAGCAUUCCAAAGAAUACAGGCCAUGUCUACACCACACCAUAGUGCCCCAUACCCAUCUGAAACUUCUCCAACCCGUUUGCCUGUUGGUAGUACCUCUCCCAAACAACCUUAUCCAGACUCCCCAACUCACCUGUAUUCUUGUCCAACUAGUUUCACUGGACAGAAAAGUGGCAGCAGCCCACCUCCUGUGAGCUACCAGAACCUGGACAUGAUUCAGGAGGACAUCACUGAACAUAUAAUUCCUGGAGGAAGUGACACUAUGCUGACUAUAGUUACAUCAGAUGAAAGUCCUCGAACAUCCCCAACCUGCCAGCAAAUGGGGUUUCCUCAAAUCAGUAUUACGGAUGAGACUGGUCAUGUCACUGUGUCGUCCUCUUCCCUGACAGGACAGACAAUUCACCAUGACAUUGUCUCCCGUAAGCAACCCCUUCAACGGCAGAAGAGUGAUGUGGUUCAGAUGGCCGUCCCAAAGCGGUACCAACUAUCCUCUAAUGUUGAUGAGCAUAUUGUACGAGCAGGAAGGCGGGCCUUUGUUCGGCAGAGCAGCCGUGAGGCAGAGGACCGGGAUAUUGCCACUGAAUUUGCCAUGUGUGGCAGUUCCAAGUCCCUGCUGAGGUGGGCCACCAAACAGUCAAUCCGACAAUCGUAUGUUCAUGCCAAGCAUUUGCGGCAGACUUUCCCGCCGAUUGGGCAUAUUUCCACUUCCACGCUGGGCAAGAAACUGGGCCGCCAGUCAUUGGGCCAGCACAUCUCCACAAGUGAUCCAACCCCAAAUCCAUGGGCUGGAAAGCCCUCCAACUGGUGGAGUAAGAAGUCGGCUUUGAGAGAACACCAACUGCAUAAGACACCCAGUGGUAGUGUGCAUGUACCUCUUCCACAGACUGAGACAGACAUUCUGCAAGAGAUUCAGUUGCAGCUGGAACCCAUUGUCCGUGGUCUAUCUAUGAUGCUGCAGCGAUCUGAACGUGGUCUAGCUGUGGAGCAUCCUGCUGGGGUGCAGAUUGAGCUGGAGGUUUUAGAAGGACCCCAUCCCGACGACAAGCGUCUCAAAAUGAGGCGGAUAUCGGGUGAUAGCUUACAGUAUAACGAAAUUUGUCGGGAACUCCUGAAUGGGAUCAACAUAUGAGACCUGUAAGAGUAAACAACAAUGUGAGCUUUAAAAAUGUUAUGCUGUUGCCAUAAUCUUCCACUUCUGAUGUGUGCUAGUCUAUGGUUACGGGACACUCCAAUCUUCUUUCUUUGAAAGUGGGAUGUUGCUAGUCAGUCUACUGAUUCAUUCCCUUUCUAGAAUUUAUGCAGAUCCUGAAUGUCAAGGAGGGAGCUGCCUUAGUAAAACAUAUCCACCAACUUGCUCAGCCUGUAUAGCGAUAUCUUUAGAAAGAAAAAAUAUUGUUGCACAUCGUUCUUUUCUUUUUAUCAGUUUUCAUUUGAUCAGUCCAACACAAUUGUUUUUCUUGUAAAGGCAGGAGUCAACUUAGAGUAUUAUAGUGUAACAUUUGCCCAUUCCAUGCUAUGAUGUUUGGAGUUUUCUCAUCAUUUAAUAUAUGUAUAUAUUAACUUAAUUAUUAAUCUAAAUUUUCUAUUCUAACAAAAAUUAUUUAUUUCUGUCUAAAACGAGUUUAUUAAGAAUAUUUAAUUUUUGAAUUGCUUAAUAUUAACUUGUAAUUUUUACAAGGACAGGCUGGAUAAAAAAAUGAGAUUAGUUUGCAAAAACUCAAUGUUCAAUAAUUUUAAAAAAAAUCAUAACUUUUAUAUUAAAUUCCAUUGAAAAUUAUUAGUACAAUUUUUAUUUCUGAUAUUUAACUCAUCUCUUAGCAAACAAUACUAUCAUUAUUGAUUAUAUAUUUAUUUAUUAAUGUUGUAAAUUUGUGCAGAGCAUAAUUUUAAAGAUCCAAUCAUAUGUUAUUAAAUUACUUCACAAUAGAAAGACAACCAUUAACAGUUAAAAAUAAAAGAACUUGAAGUUUUUUGUUGCUUUGAGAGAUGGGGGCUAUAUUGUGUUUUGGAAAAACAUAAUACAGUUCUUUAGAAGAAAACACAGUUAGCUUGUUAGAUAUUCAGAUAUAAAUAUUCAAGGAUAACCAGAGGAUGAUGAGUUAAAAUCUCAAUUUCACUGAACAUUCAUUAGGUAUUCCAAUCGAAUUUGUUGAAUUUAGGCAUCAUUCAUCAGGAAAUUUAGCUAGGAGCGGCAGGCUUAUACAGUAUUUUAAUAUUAGAUAUUUCUAAAUCACAAAGUCUAUUCUUAAUUAUAUAUUCUGUCAUUGCAAAGAGACAUGGUACUCCAGCAAAUUAGACAAUAAAUAGCUAUUUUUGAAUUUCUUAAUGAUAUUUAAAAUUUCUUCCCAAAUAAAUAAAUUUUAACUGAACAAUUUGAUAAAGGAUUUAAAAUAUUUCAAUUUUAAAAAUUUUCUUUGCAGUUUCACACAAUUCAAAUGCAUAUAAUCAUAUUUUCUAAAUUUUAUUUUAGCAUAUUUAUCAGUUUUAGAAAUAUUAUAUUAAAAUUUAAAAAUAUUAGCACAUAGGCAAUGUGAUAAGUCAGAUUUUUCCUAAUUUCAAAAAUAUACACACAUUAAUAUUGAAUUUUUUUUCAUGCAUAAUAUUUUCAUUUAAUGUUAGAUGGGUUAACAGUUUUAUUACAAAUAUAAUAUAGAAUAAUAAGUUAGAUUUAAAAUUUUAUUGCAGAAUAUUGCUAGCUAUAAUACUGUAAGUUUGACUCGCAACUGGAUUUAGUACAGUAAAAUAUGACUAAAAUUUCAAAAUCUUGAAAAAAUCUGUGAUUUCUUUCCUGUGACUCAACCUUUGUCUGUGUACAGUUGUGUUGGACUAAUUUCUGAUCUAUGAGAAAGUUUGUGGAGCUGGCGCGCGUUACAGUCAACAGGACCAAUGUGCAAGUGAAUGGGGACUUGCUCAAUGUAUUUAAAAAAAAAAAAGUGUUACGCCUUCCUCAGGGCAUGUCAAUGUGUACAAUCAAGUAUAAAAGAGUGAUGUUGGACAAUGAGACUAUUUGUAUUAUAUGUAUAUACAUUCUAUGUUACUGUUAAAUCGCUAUUGUGUCGCUUACACAUGUAUAUUGUAAAGUGUGUGUUUUGUCUGUAAUGUUUCAAAAAUCUGUUGUAGAUAUAAAAGAAAAUAACUAUAAAGCAUUGUUGUGUUUAAAUUCUCAAAGUCGCCUCGGUUCUUCGAAGACUCUGCGAAAUUUUUGCAUUUUUUAGUAACCAAAUAGAGAUCUUCUCUCAAGCAAAAAAGGGUUAGUACCGACUUUAACUCAAUUAACUUAAUGUAAAAUUAGCAUUUGAAAUAGAAUGUGCAAUUUUUGCUUCCUAUUUAAAAACGAAUCACAAUUUAAAAAAUAAAAAUAGGUUAAUUGGAAAUGGCACAGUGUAUUUUUGUGUAUGUCGGUCACUAUUCUCGAAGAAAGUAAUAUUUAGCAAUGAACAAUGCCUUGGAAAAUUAUAUGCAACUCAGAGACACAGCAGUUGUUUUCUAAAUGAUAUAGUUUGCUUUUUUUAAAAUUUGUUAAAGGUUUUAAUUUGGGGUUAAUCUAAUGGGUCAUUUUACUGUUUCUGUUUUAAAUUUUAGUCUUGUUAUUCCUUUAAAUUAUUUAAAACAAAGUCUAAAGCAAAAAAAUUUUCAUUCUAAAGAAUUUACUCUACUUUUUGUUAAAAAAGUAUUUUAAAAGAAAAAUUUUAAAUGAUUGAAUGAUUGAGAAAACUUUGCAUUAAACCAAAUUGAAAUGUGUUAUUUUUUAGAUAUUUUAUCAAAAAGUUAUUUAUAUGAAAUUUUAAUUAUAUCUGCCAUUUUAGUUUUUAAUUUUUAAGAGUUACUUGUUUAUGUUCUAAAAAUAUUUUAUUUGCGUGAGAAAUAAUGUGAUAAAUUCUAUAAGAUAUUUUUGAACUAAAUGAAUAUCUAUGUCCAAGGAAAUAUUUUGCGUAAUAUGUGCACAAGAAUUUAAUUUUCCAUUAUAUUUGAAAAUUUAAAAAAAUGAAAUAAAGUUUCACUUUAUAGAGAAUAUUUUAUCUCCAAGAAAGCAAUCAGAAUUUAUUUUUGUUUUUGCCCAAUUAUAAACUUUUUAUGAUGAAUUCUAUCUAAUUUUUAUAUCGAAACUGAUUAUAUAUUAUUAGCUUAAUUUUUUGUUUAAUGUUUUGUAUACAUAAAAGAAUAAAUUUACUUUUAAAUAGAGUUAAAAAUUAUGUUUCAGCUUUUUAUGCCAAUUUCUUCAUUGUUGUAUGCCAUGAUAAUAUUUAUUUCUUGUAAAAUAUCUAGAUUCUAUUUGCUUAGCCUCAUUAUUGUCAACUUAUCUUCGUAAUUUAUGGAACAUAUGAAAAGAUGAAGGAAUCAUUGUUUGUUAAUUAUGUUUAAAUUUAUAUAUUGCCUUGUUUUUAAAAAUGCUAUAAAUGUUAUUAAUUAUUAUAGUUGCAUUUCUUAAUCAUUAUUAAGAAAUACAGACUCAGAUUUAUCUAUUUAUAAAAAAAUUAUUUACUAUAUAUCUUUAAGAACUACUAAAGUCAUAAAAUUUAAAAUAACAUUAUUACUUCAUUGUAUUUCAUAGAUUUAUUAAUGUUCUUGUUGCUACAGUGAUGUUAAUUUCAUUUUGACUUGAAAUGUGAAUUGUUUGUUCAUUUAAGGCAUUUUUUUUUUAUUUUUAUUUAUAAGCAUGUGUAUAUUUUUGUUCAUAAUUUCAAAAGCCAUUUUUAAAGGAGACAUUUGAUGGAUAAGAAUUUAGAGAUAAAUGAAAGGGCUUAUUUCGAGCUGUAUGAAAAUUGAAUUAAAAAAAUAGCACCAAAAUAUGGAAUAUAUACUUUAUAGUUAUAAUACAGUGAAUAAUUUUCAACAUGAACAUGAAAGAUUCGAUUUCAAUAGUUACAGAAAUGUUAAUUGCAGAUGAAUAGGAUUCAUUCAUUUAUGGCUUUGUGUUUUAUUAUUCUAUUAAGGUGUUUUAUUUUUAAUGUUUCAUUUUAUAAUUUCACUAGUUAUUCAGAUUUUUGCCGAAAUUUAUAUUAUAUGGAGGCGGGGGGGGGGGGUAAUAUUUUCAAAGCACAAAUAAAAACACUUUCUUCUGUUUGCUUAUUGAAAUUUUAAAUUAAAGUUUUUUUAAAAAUUGUUUUAUAUGAAUCAUCCAUGUGCAGUACAGGAAAAUUCUGUUACCAGCUGCUGCAUACUUCAACAAUUUCAUUAAUGGUUUUCUAAAAAUUGUAAGAAAUAUUGUGAUAAUAAAUUAUUCUUUUUCCUGCAAAUUCUCUUUGGGGAACUAAUUAAAUUUUUUGGAAAAAGUAAUUAAAAAAAUGAGUUACUUCCUGGUAAAUUUUUAUUAGUUACUAAGAAGCAUACAUAAGAGUGAAUUAAUUAUACUAAUGUUACAUGGUAUGAAAAGCAUUUAGUUAAAUCUCAAUUGUUUUUAAUUUACAUUUAUAUUAUGUGGUAUUAAUGUAUGAAUAAAAUUACUUAUUAUAUAUAUAUAUAUAAUUUUUAUGUAUUAAAAUAGUUAAAAAAAGUUAUGUAUCAAUAAUAUAAUUGUAACUUCAAUGAAAUAUUUUCAAUUCUGAAAUUUAAUUGAAUGAAUAACUGAAGAAUAUAUUCUGUAUUUUGUGCCUUAAAUUGAAUAAGAUGAUUGUUCAUCUCUAGUACUCUUUGGUUAGCUUCAAAUUUUAAAAAUCAAUUCAUCUAACAAUUUUUCCAAUACUGCAUAUGGAUUAUUUUAGAACUUUUCAAAACUUCUCUUAUCUACCAGUUAUGGAUCUCGAAUGAAAUGGAAUGUUUAAGAUCUCUGGUAUAGGUUGUUAUAGAAUUCAUUAUAAAUCAUUGUCAUUAUCUUUCUUGUAAGUAUUUUCAUAUCAUGAUAUAUUCAUUUAAAAGUAAUUUAUUUUUAAUGAAAUAUCUAAUUCCUCUGAAUUCUUAGAAAAAAUUACCUAAAAAUGUAUGUGCCUUUAUCAAAGGCAACCAUGUUUUUUGUUAUUUACUUUUAUGUAAAUUGUAAUCCAUUGUGGGUUCUAAUACCUUUAUUGUAAGGCAGAUGUUGAAUAUGUUGCUUUAUAAUAAUGAAAUCAACUUAUAUGGUUUAAAGUUACUGUAUCUCCCAUCCUGCAUUUUAAACAUUUUGACUUUGUGUACUUAAUUUAAGUGUCCAAGACAUGAGAUAUGAAUGUUACCUACUUUAUAUUGUAUUUAAUAUCUAAUUUUAUCAAUACAGUAGACUUGUUCUUGCAGCCCUGAUGAAACUAAUGCAGAAUGAAUUUCUAUAUAAGAGGCUCAUUCUAGAGGGAUGAGUAUUUGUUAUUCUUCAACAUUUAAACCAUGUAAAAAUGACUAUUUAAAUGAUUUGAAUCCUUUAGUUACUUCAAGUAUAAUAAAAAAAGUUUCCAACAGGCUUAAAAAUAUCUAAAUUUAUAGAAUAAUAAAUUUCGAUUUUUUAAAAAAACUUAUGCUAAUAUUUUUUUUUAUUUCUAAAAAAAAUUACACAUUUAUAUAAUGUUUAUCUUACUUUAGUUUUAUUUUUUUGGCUAAUUUAAGUAUAAAAAAACAUUAAAAAAUCUACAAAUUUAAGUUUAGGAUAAAAAUAAAAGUUAAAUUAAUAUAAAUAAGUAUUGAUAAUUACACUCCAAUAAUAAUUUUUGUGUAUUUUCUGUUUUUUUUUAAAUGAUUAUUAACCAAUUGAAACAUUGUUAUUAAAAUCAUUGAGUGGACUUCAGUACAUUUCAUUUCAUUUUUUUUUUUUUUGUAUGCUUACUUAAUCUGAAUUGCUUUGCAUUAAAGAAAUAAAUAGUUUUUUCUAUUUUCCCAUCAUUUCCUGAUAUGCCUUUUGAGACUUUUAUCAGUUUUUAUUCUCUUAACUAUUAUUUUAACAUUUUCAAAUUUAAAUAUCAGUUAAUUAAUUCAAUUAAAUUUUGAUUCCAUACUCAUGAUGAUACUUUAAGAUGAAUUUAAGGAAAGUUGAUUUUAAGAAUCCAUAAUUUUUAUUACAUUGAAUUGUGAAAACUAAAAAAUAAUUGAAAUAAAAAAAAUUUUAUGCUUUUAGUUAUAAUACUUAUAUAAUAAAUUAAGAUGUAUUCUUAAAUUUAAAAUUCAUUAGACUAAUUUGUUCGUUAAAUUUGGUAAGAACUUUACAUUUAUUAUUUUUCUAGGAGUAUAAAUGGAUUUAAAAGCAAAUUAAUUUAAAUAAAUGGCCUAUAAUACUUUAAAUUAUAAUGUUGAAAGUACUUAUUUACAAAUUAAUUUAUCAUUCGAUUCUUAGAAAUAAUUUUGUAUUUAAUAUGAGGGUUGAAAUAUCUAGAACAUUUAAAUAGUCAUAUAUUGGACACUAUAUAUUAACUGACAUUUAUAUAGAGUGUCACAGUUUAUGGGUUCCAAUUACAGAGAAUCUGUUGUAUCUCUACGAAUCUUUAACAAUUUUUUUUUAUGUUGCCAGUUCUUGCAAAUGCAAUCUAUCUAUAAUGCCUCACCUAUGUGAGUGAUGUGAUUUUCUUUGUUGUCGUACUGCAAAGUGAUUUUUUUAUAUAACUCCAUUGUAAUUUGAAGUUUAGUGUUCUGAAAGGUUUAUUGUAUCUAUUUCUUUAAGAUAGUAUAUCAGCGUUGUUUAAUAUCUAGCGUGAGAUAUCCGAACUGAAUAGACAGAAAAAAAAAAUUUAGUUUGGCCAAAUCUAAUUUUAUCUGAAAAGCGAACAGAACUUUUGUAAGAAUUGUGUGCAUUGUUUUUCACUUGUAAUUCAAAAGUAAAAUUAUUUAUUGGAUGUAGUAUCUUUUAUUUUGUUAAUUUAAUUAUUUUUAUAUUUGUUUUGUUUGAAAGUCGUUUCUAUUUUUUAAUCACAUGAAUAAGAAUAAUAAAAAUGUGUUCUAACUUUUCUUAGAACCAUUUCCAGAAGGGCCCAUUUUAAAUUAUAAUUGUCUAUUUUUCUAUGCUAAAGCAAUCAUGUUUAUUCUGAUCUAUACAUUAUUUAAUUUCUUUUUGAAAAGAACUCAUUUUUUUAUUUUCGUAAACCGAAUAUUUUGCUCGAAAUGAUUUAUAAAACAUCUGCAUCUGUUUAAUGUGAACAUCUGCUGAUCAUUAAACGGAUACCGCUGGCUGAAAUCUUUUCCAAACAAUGAAUUGAAUCAACGUGAUUGGCUGAUGGAAACAUCAGCUGAUGUACUAAAAACUAUGAAUUCUAAAAAUUUCUUUCCUAGCUGUUGUUCAAAUAGGCCUGGCGAAGAAUGAUGUAGUAGAAAGCUUUAUUAUUGAAAUGUUGUGCUUCCAUAAGCAAUGCGAGAUGUCUCAUUAUUGGUAAGCUGAAUAAAAGCUAUAUAUUGUAUAAAA